AUGUUCAAGAACCUCAAAGAAAAACAUGGCAAUCUCUUCGAAUCCAAGAAGUCCAAUGAACCCGCGGAGAGUGAGCGCGGCCAAGAUCUGACGUCAAUCUUGGACCGUUCCCAGCGGGCCGAUCUCACGGUCCUUGUAGCGGAGAUCGCGCAAUCGAUGCGCAUUAGAAUUCUCGAGAUAUUUGAGAAUACCAAGGAACCGUCCGGAAAUGAUUCAUCUCGGAAUCGAAGACCGUCUGGCCAGGACGAUGAUGGAGCGGCCCCCACGCUGCCUCCCAGGCCAGAUGGGGCUAAAUCACCGCCGGUUAACAGGAAUCAACAAGCGGCGGCAAGAACUGCUAGAGCGAAAGCUCGUGCUAAAGAGAGGACUCUCUCUCACUUUGAAGAUUGGAGAGACGCUGUCUUGUUGAGAAUUGGCGAGGUUGUCAAUAACAGUGACGAGAAUGAAGAGGAACAAAGCAAAGAGCCUUCAGAUGCCGCCAAAUCGAACGAUGUUCCCAUUGUCGAGGACGAAGAAAGACUGGCGAAGCUUUGCGAAAUCUAUCAUCCCGUGGAAUCGCCACUUGCGCGGGUUCCCAAAGCGACAAGACUGCUCAUUCUACAUUCGCUUCUUCUAUUACUGCUCAGCUUGGAGAAGUAUAGUGCCUAUUCUCGGGUGUUGAUGCUUCAUGUCGCAUCUAGCUUGGGUAUAGAUAUCAACGUGCUGAAUGGAGAUGAAGUCAAGGUUGCACGUGGGCUUCUCGAUACUGCUUUGGCGCUGUCAUCACAGCCAGAGGCAAAGCAACAAGUGAAGAAGAGUGAUGAUUCCCGGAAAUGGAAAGUCGGCAUUGCCUCAGUUGCCGGUGCCGUGCUGAUUGGUGUCACUGGUGGUCUUGCAGCGCCAUUGGUCGCAGCUGGCAUUGGAACCGUCAUGGGUGGAUUAGGCCUUGGCGCCACUGCAGCAGCUGGGUUGCUGGGAACCUUAGCGGGAAGCGGCGUCGUUGUUGGAGGGCUUUUUGGUGCCUACGGAGGACGCAUGACGGGCAGGAUGAUGGACAAGUAUGCCAAGGAGGUAGACGACUUUGCGUUCAUUCCGGUCCGCGGAUCGCGGAGCCGGCGGACUGAGAGUGAAAGUGAAGCUGCCAAGCAAGACCAUCGACUGCGUGUCACGAUUGGUGUUACUGGCUGGGUGAAAGAAGAAUCCCACUUCGUUGUCCCCUGGCGAGUCAUUGGUGCCGAUUCUGAAGUCUUCGCGCUCCGUUGGGAGAUGGAGCCGUUAAUGAAGCUGGGCAAUGCGAUUUCCGCAUUGGUUACGAGUGCAGCAUGGUCUGUCGCCGGGCGAGAAGUCUUGAGCCGCACGAUCUUCGCCACAAUCAUGAGUGCCGUGAUGCUUCCGCUGGGUCUGAUGAAGGUCGCUGGCAUCGUGGAUAAUCCAUUCAGCGUUGCAAAGUCCCGAGCCGAUAAAGCAGGUGAAGUCCUGGCAGAUGCACUGAUCAACAAAGCUCAAGGUGAACGACCGGUGACUCUCAUCGGGUAUUCCCUGGGCUCCCGCUUGAUCUUCUCGUGUCUGCAAAGCUUGUGCAAGAGGAGUGCUUAUGGCCUCGUCGAAUCAGUUAUUCUGAUGGGAUCACCAACUCCGUCAGAUACCGAGUCCUGGCGCCGUAUUCGCAGUGUUGUCAGCGGUCGCGUUGUCAAUGUCUACUCGGAGAAUGACUCCGUGCUUGGAUUCCUCUACCGGACUAGCAGUCUCCAACUCGGCGUUGCUGGACUGCAGCCUAUUGAAAAUGCCCCCGGAGUCGAGAACCUCAACGUGAGCGACAUUAUCAGUGGACACCUUCGAUACCAAUUCUUGCUAGGAAGAAUCAUUAAAUCGGUCGGGCUGCAAGAUGUUGAUGUGAACGAGAUCGAACGUGAGGAGCGUGCUCUGGCAGUUGAAGAUGAGAAGCUGGAGACAGAGAGGCUCAGGAACGAAAACGAGGCGGGUAUAAAGGAUCGUGACUCCUCGACUGUCCGCGAGGCUUUGAACAGCCAAGACGGCUUCGGUGAGGAACAGCGGAUGGAAAAGCAAAUUGAGUCCCAGACUGAAGAGAAUAUGACCCACCACCGAAUUCAGAUGAUGGAUUUGGAUGAUGAGGAUUAUUCUUCGCCGUUGGUGGAUCAUCCGGGAAAGCAUGCCGCUCUUUAG